GUGGUUUUUUUUUUUUUUUUUUCAAUUUUUUUUUUUUCCGGAGUCGAGCGGGCGCUGCUAGCGGAGGCGCCAUAUUGGAAGGGACAAAACUCCGGCGACAGCGAGUGACACAAAUAAACCCCUGGACCCCUUCGUUUCCCCAGCUCUAAGGGCCGCGAUGUUGUACCUAGAAGACUAUUUAGAAAUGAUUGAGCAGCUUCCCAUGGACCUGCGGGACCGCUUCACAGAGAUGCGCGAGAUGGAUCUGCAGGUGCAGAAUGCAAUGGAUCAACUAGAGCAAAGAGUCAGUGACUUCUUUAUGAAUGCAAAGAAAAAUAAACCUGAAUGGAGAGAAGAACAAAUGGCAUCCAUCAAAAAAGACUAUUAUAAGGCCUUGGAAGAUGCAGAUGAGAAGGUUCAGUUGGCAAACCAGAUAUAUGACUUGGUAGAUCGACACUUGAGAAAACUGGAUCAGGAACUGGCUAAGUUUAAAAUGGAGCUGGAAGCUGAUAAUGCUGGAAUUACAGAAAUAUUAGAGAGGCGAUCUUUGGAAUUAGAUACUCCUACACAGCCAGUGAAUAAUCACCAUGCUCACUCACACACUCCAGUGGAAAAAAGGAAAUAUAAUCCUACUUCUCACCAUACGACAACAGAUCAUAUUCCUGAAAAGAAGUUUAAAUCUGAAGCUCUUCUGUCUACCCUUACAUCAGAUGCAGCUAAGGAAAAUACACUGGGAUGUCGAAAUAAUAAUUCUACAACCUCUUCCAGCAACGCUUACAAUGUGAAUUCUUCCCAACCUCUCGCAUCCUAUAACAUUGGCUCAUUAUCUUCAGGAACUGGUGCAGGAGCUAUUACCAUGGCAGCAGCCCAAGCAGUUCAAGCUACAGCACAGAUGAAAGAAGGACGGAGAACAUCAAGUUUAAAAGCCAGUUAUGAAGCAUUUAAGAAUAACGACUUUCAGCUGGGAAAAGAAUUUUCCAUGCCCAGAGAGACAGCUGGCUAUUCAUCAUCUUCAGCGCUCAUGACAACAUUAACGCAGAAUGCCAGCUCAUCAACAGCCGACUCCCGCAGUGGCCGAAAGAGCAAAAACAAUAACAAGUCUUCAAGCCAACAGUCAUCAUCAUCUUCCUCCUCCUCUUCCUUAUCAUCGUGUUCUUCAUCUUCAACUGUUGUACCAGAAAUCUCCCAACAAACAACAGUAGUGCCAGAAUCUGAUUCAAACAAUCAGGUUGACUGGACUUACGAUCCAAAUGAGCCUCGAUACUGCAUCUGUAAUCAGGUAUCAUAUGGAGAAAUGGUGGGCUGUGAUAACCAAGAUUGCCCAAUAGAGUGGUUCCACUACGGAUGUGUUGGAUUGACAGAAGCACCGAAAGGGAAGUGGUACUGCCCCCAGUGCACUGCUGCGAUGAAGAGGAGAGGCAGUAGACAUAAAUAAGGGCAACAUUUCAUUUAAAGAAGAAAACAACUUUAGCUCAGCAUUUUUAUAGGACACUGAAAAAGAAGAAAGAGAAAGAAGAAACAACUCAUUUUCAGGCAACUACUUAAAAGAUUUACAUAGACAAUCCUACAAGAUCUUGAGCUUAAAAUUUUAUGGGUUGUAUUUUAAUUAUGUAAGUAAAUUAUUUAUGCACUCCUGGUGUACUAUGAAUAUUAUUCCAGUUAGCCUUGGAUUCUUUCUGUGGCCAACAUAUGCAGACAUUUAUACUCCUCAAGCAUUUCCUCAAAGUAAUGGGCAUUCUAUAAUUUAGACUUCGAAGAAUUCCAGCAAUGACGAUUUUAAGAAAAGUAUUUUAUAUUCAACAGGUAUAUUCUGCUGCAUGUACUGUACUCCAGAGCUGUUAUGUAACACUGUAUAUAAAUGACUGCAAAACAAAAAAGUUAGUCGUUCAAAAAAGAGUUUAAGAUAAUGGUUUUUAAAAUGCCUUUAUAAUAAGCUUUGUUUCUUUGUGAAACUAAUUCAGCAGGCUGAAGGAAAUAUAGUUCAUGUGUUAAAGUGGGCUGGCGUCCUCUAGAGUACCUGGGUACAUAAACAGAAACUCCUGUAAGUAAAAGCUAAUUUGUGCCAUUAGUCUUUAUAUGUUUCUGCAUCCAGAUAGAGUGCAGUUCAUGGGGUGGGGGUGGGGCUGAACAGGAGAGGGUGUUAAAGUCAUUUUUAUACCAAAUGUGUUUAUUUUUUUGUGCAAGUAAUCCUUAAAAUUGGAAUUGUAUUAGGUGUUAAAAUAAAGUUUUUAAAAAAUUACCUGUAUUUAUACUUUACACAAUAAUGAAAAUGUCUUAAUUCUAGUUAAUUUCCAGAUUUCAUAAUCUGAAAAGCACAGAGAAUCGGGACACAAUGCUGUGUACUCUGUGAUUUCUACUUAAUAAUGCUUGGAGAUUGUGUUAUGAAUAUGAGAAAGACAUUUUUAAUGUAAAUGUAAAGUGCCAAUGUAUUUUUUAGACCAUUUCUCUGGUUUUUCCUUCAGUCUAAGGGACAUAAAAGAAACCUAAUUACAGCAGAUAAAGUAGGAGAGAUAGUACUGAUAGAUGUUUUCACUGGAGGCACUUAGGCCAUUAUGAAUAAAGAGAGAGACCCUCUAGACUGGAGCUUAAAAUUCAGCUCUAUUAUUAAUUCCACAGCAUAGUGGUGUGACAAUUAAUUCCAUCUUUAAUCACUGGGCCUUAUGAAACCAGGGUGAUACCGGCUGUAGGAUGUCCUUAAAGCACUCCUAAGGUUUUAUUCUAGAGGUGCUAUUUAUAUAGAUUUUACAUAGCAAAGGUUUUAUGUAAAAUAUACUAAGUCUGGUAUAUAGAAAAGUCCUUACAACUUCAAGGGUAGUUAUUCUAUCAUAUUUCCUUUAUGUUGAAACUGUUUGAGUCCAUCAGAUUUGUGCUUUAAUUCAAAGAACUUACCCAAGUGACAGUGUAAAAUCUAUGCAAUGCUACCCAGAGGAUGAGAUAGGAGAUGUCAAAGGUCUCUUCCAGCUUUGAGAUCUGUGAGGCUGAACUACUGUGGUCUUAUAACUUUCAGCCUCCUCCAAAAGUUAGAUUUCAAUUUGGAUACUCAUGAUUUUGUAGUAGCAUGGGUAUUAUGAUUUCAUGAUAGUAUUUUCAUGGUACUAUUAUAAGCCUUUAAGAAGUACUCUCUUAGUAUUAUGUUCAGUUAGCUUAUUAGUAUGUUGCCUGGAGUUGCUCAUGUGAAUAGGUUACAUCUUCUCAUUUUAUAAUUUGAGUUUUCUGAAACUGGUUGAAAUAAAAGGGAAAAGCCUUAUGCAUAGCCUUAUUUUCAGAGGAAGGUCUUUGGCUGAGUCAGGAUCAUUUGUUUCUAGCUACUACAACCCCUUUGUUUUCUAAUUCUACUUCUUAUAACAUCAUUCAGAAAUACUUUGACAAGUUCUGAACUGAAACGGAAUACGUUACGAAUUGUAUAUAACGAACAAAACCAUGACUAUGUGCAAGUAUUUAGUAAUGAGUAGAAACUGUUAAUAAAUUAUAUAGAUAAAUAUAUAAUGGGCCAAACAUAAAACUACCUCAUUUUUAAAAAAGUGGCCAGUUACUAGUAUUCUCUGUUGAUCUUUACACCAAGGGCAUUCAAAAAUUUUGUUGUACAAUAUUCAUGUAACAGUUGGUCGUAUAUAAAGUUCAAAUGUGGUUCACAAUUUAUAGGUGGUGAAAAUUAAGGCCUUACUGCUGUAGAGUGUUUAUCUAAAUGUUCAUGGUGACACAUUUGAAGCAAUAAAUGGCUUAAUUAAAUGCCUAAAUGAA